AUGGCUGGCCCUGCAUCCGCUAAGAAAAGCCGCAAGAAGAAGGUGCUACCUGCAGCCACAGACGUUAGCAACGGAGACCCUGCGAGCAGUGCUCAGGGCCCUCAGCCUCGUCGAUCGGCACGCCACAUCGAUGUUGGACUGAAAGAGCUUGAGAAAGAGAUGAAAAGUCAGAAACGGGCUGAGCAAACCGCCUUUGAGCAAGCCCGAGAGCGUGAAAUUGCCAAUCCGACGAUCGUCCGGCCGCGCGAGGCUAAGGCCCUGGCAUACCAUCAUAAAAUUUGGCUACCCCCGAAAGAUAGAAAUAAGAAACAAGACGAGGAAAAGACUGAACCACCGAAAGGCAAGAAGCGAGGGCAGGAAGAGUCCGACCCAACACCUACUGUGAACGCAGGCAAGCGACGCCGCCUCGUUGAGAAUGAUUCGAAUGAUGGCGCAGGCCCAUCGCGCAAGCCCACGACCAAUGAUACCGACCCAACUUCCAAUAGGAACGACGAGAACCUGGGAAGCGCUGUUGCCUCUGAGAAUAGCGAGGAGUCCGAAGGCGACGAAGUUGAGUCCGAUGCUGUCCGCGAGGAUGAUGAAGACUUUGGUGUCGAGGAGCAACCCAAUGUCUCCAAACGCAAGGCGGAGAAGAUUGCGGAACAACUCCAACAAGGCACGGUGAAGUUUGUCUCCAAGUAUGGCACACACCUCCGUACACUCAAGCCUCCCUUGCGUCCGAGUGACGAUGAGGUCUCCAGCGGCGCGGACUCUGCGUAUAAUGCAGCCUCCCUCGACGCCGACAGCAGUAGCCCGACGGGCUCGUCAGGUGAAAGACAGCCUACCCAGCAAUCCGACGUGGACUCGGAUCCGGAGUGGACAGCAAUGAUCAAGAGACGCGCCCAACGCCGCCGUCAAACAGCUGAAGGCUCGGCCGUUGACAAGACGAAUAUGUUGCUGAACAAGGACAUCGACAAGGACGGCGUCAACAGCAAACUUGCCAAGACACGUCCUAUGCUCGCCGAGGAUCGCUUUCCCGGCGCCACACCCAGCCGCUCCGAGAAGCAGACUGAGCUGGGCGAUCUCAACGCCAAAGCACAUGCCCAUUCUUCCGAGGGUGCUGCGCGUGCGGCCUCAGACCAGCGCUUUAUCGUGGCCGUGGACGAGCGCAAGGACAAGCGCAAACGCCAAAAGGGGAAGGAGAAGGCAGUCAUCACCAGUGACGAGUCAGACGACGUCGAGGUGCAGGUAGUGGACAAGCGCAAGGACAAGCGCAAACGCAAGAAGGGGAAGGGGAAGGCGGUGGUCGCCGGUGACGAGUCUGACGAAAUCGAGGUGCAGCACCAACCGCCCGUAAGGCCACCUCAGAGAAAGGCACCUCAGUGGAUGUCGUCGUCCCCAGAGCCGACUGGUGCAAGCCGCGACAACGAUCACAGCUUGCCUGAACCGCCGCGCUCUCCGAGGUACUUCAUAAAAAAGGUUACGCAGAAAUCUUCAGUGCUGGAUAGAACGUCUGCAAACUCGAAGACUUCUUCUCGGAGCUUGCAAGUUGCGAAGCCUGCUGCAGCCGCAAUGGACAAUGGCGACCCUUCGUCCGACAUCGAGGACAGUCCCAACGGCACUCCGCAGAAGCGCGAGACCAUGUGGCCCAUCGAAACCUACCUCACGUACGGCGCAGAUGGCAAGACCGUCCUCGGCAUCAAUUCGCAACGUUCGGCAAAAAUGAAGUCGUUCCUCUCGGACUUGAUCGCACAUGAGCUGCCUCGUGCGCUCCUUCGAGUGAACGCAUUCCCGGACAAGAAUGAGCGUCCUCAGAUGUUCUUGGACCUCAUGCUCGAAGCUGCUCAACGACUGAAGCACAACGACAUCACCGAAAGGCUAUUGGACGACUCGAUGUAUGCCCAGGGCCUCAUGCAGAUACCUGUUGACAGAAUGUCUAGUGUGCGAGGGCCGCACUACCUCGCCACCCGCGAUGUAACGCGUCCGUUACCGUCUAGCUAA